UUGAAUAAGCACAAUCUGUUCAGAUAAAUUACAGUAUGCACCACGAAAAUAAUCGAAGGUAAGUUGCAAAUAUAUUCACUUGUAACAUUUUAUAAUAUCGUGCAAACAAAGAAAAUUGUUUCCAAUAUUAUGAGAAAGCAAAACAAAGACUGAAUAGUAUCGGUAAAAUGUAUUAUCAAAUAAAUUUAAUAUCUCGUAGAUAUUCCAUGUUACAUGAUUCUGGUAAAUAAUCAAGAUUCAAUCUUGAGGUCAAUAUUUUAUUUACACGAAAUGUUUGUGCGGUCAGUGACUGGCAUAAAAGCUAAUUUACAUUUACAAAAUUUAUUAAUACGAUUUCUAGAUAUUAAAACGAAUGUUUUUUCUAAAUUAUUAUAAAAUUAUAGAGAAAAACAAAUAUGAAGUUUAGUUAAUUAUAUAGCAACGUGAAACGUUAACUGAAAAUCGAAUUAUUCCAAAACGUAACGAAGUAAUAGGUUACUUACAUCAGAUUUAAUAAAUAUUUUACCGUAAUGAGUAUUAUUAUUAAUAAAUAAUGUUUAAUUACACAAAUUAUGAAAGGAUGUUAAUAUUCAAUUUAUAAUGUAUGCAUAAUGUUAAGGGUUUAUGUCAUUCGCCAGUUUCGUUGUUGCCAAAUUUACAACGUUAUUAUCAUGUUGUGGCUUAUAAAGUAUUAUGACGUGUUAGCUUAUAACAUAUAAUUACAUUGAAUGCUAUUUAGUAUUUUUCCCUACAAUGUUUUUUAUGAAUAAUAAUGAUAAUCUUGAUUCAUUGAAAAGAGAAAUAAUUUCUAAAACUUAAAAUUUUUGUAAAAGAAUCGGAAAGGAUAUCGAAUUAUUGAAAAACCUUUUCGAUUCUUUUCGAAACUCAUAUAGAAUCGUGCGUACUCGUGUAAGAUCGUCCUGUCAAAUGUUUUGCAUAUUUCUCGGCCAAAAUAGUAGUGCGUGUCACUGUAUGGUUCAAUUAUACAAAGUGUGAUUCCUUUAAGUAUGAAUUGAAAUUAAAUAAUAAUAAACAAAACAUUUUUUAGCCAUUUUUAAUAAAAGGGAAUAUACCUUGCAUAAAACGACUUUGUGAUAAAUAUUCAUUUUAUACACUAAAAAACAAAAUUUCAAAACAAAUCUGUAACCAGUAGUUUCUAGUACAACCACGUGAUCUAAUUGUAGUUUCCAUCUUGUUUUUUAUCGAUUACCAUCGAGAGUUUCGUGAUAUGUUUCUUGGUUGUAUUUACAUGGUUGUCAGAUCUGAAAUUUUUCUGGAAAUUCAAAGAAUUUGGGUUUAUUGUUAAUACACUAUUUACAGUGUGCGAUAUUUGAUUUAGAAAAGGAAUGUACCUUGCAUAAGAUGACUUUUUAUGGCGAUACAGAUUUAUUUUAUACACUGAGAAACAAAAUUACUAAUAAAAGUGUAUACCCAGUAGUUUCUAGUAACACCACGUGAUCUAAUUGUAGUUUUCAUAUUUUUUUAUUGAUUAUCAUCGAGAGUUUCGUGAUAUGUUUCUUAUUUGUAUUUACAUGGUUGUCAGAUCUGGAAUAUUUCAGGAAAUUCAAAGAAUUUGGGUUUAUUGUUAAUAAACUAUUUACAGUGUGCGAUAUUUAAUUUAGAAAAGGAAUUUACCUUGCAUAAGAUGACUUUUUACGGUGAUAAAAAUUUAUUUUCUACACUGAGAAACAAAAUUACUAAUAAAAGUAUAUAAACAGUAGUUUCUAGUACCACCACGUGAUCUAAUUGUUUCCAUCUUGUUUUUUAUCGAUUAUCAUCGAGAGUCUCGUAAUACGUGUUUUAAUUAUAUUUACAUCGUUGUCAGAUCUGGAGUAUUUCUGGAAAUUCAAAGAAUUUGGAUUUUUUGUUAAUACACUAUUUACAGUGUACGAUAUUUAAUAUAGAAAGGGAAUUUACCUUGCAUAAGAUUACUUUUUACGGUGAUAAAAAUUUAUUUUAUACACUGAGAAACAAAAUUACUAAUAAAAGUAUAUAAACAGUAGUUUCUAGUACCACCACGUGAUCUAAUUGUUGUUUCCAUCUUGUUUUUUAUCGAUUAUCAUCGAGAGUUUUGUCAUACGUGUUUUAGUAGUAUUUACAUCGUUGUCAUAUCUGGAAUUUUUCUGGAAAUUAAUUUUAUCAUACAUUUAUAAUACGUAUAUAAAAUGAAUAGACUAUAUUUUCGUAUUUUGCAUACCAUUCCACGUUUUCGUCAUAAACCUAACCUAAACUAUCUAUUCUUCUUUUACAAAGACGGGUAUAUUUUUGUUUUUCACGUUUCUUCUUUUUUUUUAUUUAAAGUUAUCUAUUUGUUAUAUUGUCUUAUUUUGUAUCAUCGCAUCGUCUUUUAAUCACUGUUUUAUUUGUAGAAUUACUGAUACGGUUCAGCCGAUCCCCCCUGUAUAUUUCCAAUAAUAUAUUUUGAAAACCAAUAAAUGUCCAUUAAAAAUCGCGAGGAUUAUGUUCAUAAUUUAUUAGGCAAUAAAAUGGUUAUAAAAUGAAAACACAAACAGCUUUUGAAUUAGUUUAAAAAAAGUCGUAUAACAAACCGUAUAUUUACUGUUUUUUUUCGGUUGUUGCUUACACAAGAAGCAGCGAACCUUAGUCAAAUUAAAAUUCGCAAAAAAAACGAUAUUAUAAACUGACAGCUAUGGUGGCUGUCGGUGUCAUUUUGUAUUUCGUUCUAUCGGUCCACGCCAAAGAUCCGAAUAUAGAAGAAGAAGAAAUUCGCGCUUACAACUUACUGCAAACGAUAAAUAAGAAGAAUGAAGAAAAUUCCUAUAGAUCUUCACUCGCCCAAUGGGAUUACGAAUCUAAUAUAACGGAUGCGAACUUGGAAAAAGCUUUGGCGAUAUCGGCGGAAGUGGCCGAAAGCGAAAAGGAAGCUUGGCAACAGGUCAAACAAUUCAAUUGGAAAUCUUUCUCGGAUUAUAACAUAAAAAGGCAAUUUAUGUUUUAUUCUGUAUUAGGAUCAUCAGCUUUACCAGAAAACGAUUACAAAUAUUUAAAAAAGAACAUCAGCGAAAUGGAGGCGAUCUAUGCGAAAGGAAAAAUUUGCGAUUAUCAUAAUAAAACUAAAUGCGAUUUGGCAUUAGAACCAGAAAUAACGAACAUCCUUGCGAAUUCUAAAAACGAAGAAGAACUAAAACACGUUUGGAUCGAAUGGAGAAAUACAGUGGGUCGUAAAUGUAGAGAAAAUUAUAAACAUUACGUCAAAUUAUCGAAUCAAGCCGCUAAACUUAACGAUUUCAAUAAUCAAGGGGAAUAUUGGUUAUUUAAUUAUGAAGAUCCGGAUUUUAAAGAUCAAAUUGCAAGGUUAUGGGAUCAGCUGAAACCGUUGUACUUGCAAAUUCACGCUUACGUGCGGUAUAAACUCAAAGAAAAAUACGGGGAUGUUGUAACUGAAAAAGGACCGAUACCAGCACAUUUAUUAGGAAAUAUGUGGGCUCAAACUUGGAGUAACAUAGCCAGUUUUACUUUACCUUAUCCAGAAGUUGAGGAUAGCGAUGUAACAUCAGAAAUGAUAAAACAGAAUUAUACGGUUUUGAAGAUGUUCAAAACAGCUGAGGAUUUCUUCGUAUCUAUUAAUUUGACGUCUAUGCCUCAAAGUUUUUGGGAAAAAUCGAUUUUAGAAAAACCUACCGAUAGAGAAUUAGUUUGCCACGCAUCCGCUUGGGAUUUUUACAACGGAAAAGAUUUCAGGAUAAAACAGUGCACGGACAUUAAUAUUGAAGAUCUGACAACGGCGCAUCACGAAAUGGGGCAUAUCGAAUAUUUUUUGCAGUAUAAGGAUCAACCGGUUACUUAUAGGAGCGGAGCAAAUGAUGGUUUUCACGAGGCCGUUGGCGAUUUGAUUUCGUUGUCGUUUAAAUCGACGAAGCAUUUGAGAAAGAUCGGAUUGGUUAACACGAAAACUGACGAUCCGAAAAUAGUCCUCAAUAAUUUAUAUAAGAUUGGUUUGGACAAAAUAGCAUUUUUACCGUUCGGAUACUUGAUCGACCUUUGGAGAUGGGACGUUUUCUCCGGAAAUACCACAUCGGACAAUUACAAUUGCAAAUGGUGGGAAUUGAGGGAAAAAUAUCAAGGUUUGGAACCACCAGUCGAUCGAUCCGAAGAAGACUUCGACCCCGCAGCCAAAUAUCACAUAGUCGCCGAUGUUCCCUACCUCAGGUAUUUCAUAAGUUUCGUGAUCCAGUUCCAAUUCCAUAGGGCCCUUUGCGAAAAGGCGGGCGAAUACGAACCAAACAACGCCAAUAAACCCCUCCACGAAUGCGACAUAUACCAAAAUACCAACGCAGGAAAUUCCCUUAAAAAAAUGCUCGCCAUGGGCGCCUCGAGACCUUGGCCCGACGCCAUGGAAGCCCUAACGGGGCAAAGGAAUAUGGACGCCGGCGGUCUAUUGGAAUAUUUUAAGCCUCUUCAAGAUUGGUUGGAAAAAGAAAAUGUUAAAAACGGCGUGUUUAUCGGAUGGGAAAAAACUAAAAGAGUAUGUGUUCGAACUCGUCAAGAAUUAGAAUCAAAGAAACAACAAGAAGAAGAAUCUACUGAGUAAUAAAUGUUUUUCUAAUUUUAUGUAUUAUAAUUUUUUGGAAUUUUAUUCUUAAUAAAUGACUAUGAUUUAA